GUUACCAUAAAUUUUAUAUUACUUUAAGGUUGAAAAUGACGAAAUAGUCUUGCACUAUCCUAUAUUGUUUAUUUUUAUAUUUCACUUACAGAGUCCAUAAAUAAUCAACUAGAUCGUUAUUCAGAUGAUCUUGCGAAGAUCACGUGAAAAAUAAUCGCAAUACCGAUAAUAAUAUUGAACCGGCGAAAUUUUGUAGCACACAAACUUUUCGAAGAGGAUUCGAAAACACGAUAUGUUACAAAUGCCACGUUAGACGGAGCAUUUUUUUAUUACAAUAGUAAUUUCCUUGCCUUAUAAGUUGUGACAUGCCUUAUCUCUCGCAUCGUCCAAAAUAGGACCAUUCCGCUAUGAAUCGCGCGAAACAUCGCUUUGAAGCGAAGCACGUGAUGUGACUCAUACAGCACAGAAUUUGCAGCAAAGUCGCUGCAAAGUCUCUGAAAUGUUGUUGCAACUUUUGUGCAACUUUGUGCUGUAAGGGAAAUGAUUUAAAAUCGUCUCGCGGAGGACAUAGUCAAAAAAUCGAAGAUCAAACAGGCCAAAUACAAUCAGCUAUAAUUCUGAUGAUCGGUUUACCGCAUUCAGCGAAAAUAGAUAUGCAGGAACAGCCUAGAAGUUGACAACAUUGCGACAAGCAUUACGUGCGAUACAGCUGCACAUGCGACGCACUGAUCAGUUCACAUACUUCUUCUGGCUCUCGAGAGGGAUACGAAUUCGAGUGUGACUGAUCCGGCAGAGCUGCCGUCGUUUUGCCCGGAAGUCGAUUUAAGGGAACGCCCAAUGUAUUUAGAAAUCCAAUAAGCGAUUUUGGUCGUCUCUACCAUUGUUGGAUCAAGCCUUACAGCUAGGAAUAUCUCGAGGAACGUAUUGAGGAGUGCCCUCGUGAACCGCCCUACACGCAUUUAUUUCUUACAGCCACUUCCAAAUGUCAUGACAAAAAAAUUCUCGUAACACGAGAUAACGAUAUGUCAAAAUCAAUAGAAUAUUAUUAAAACGAUUCGUCCGUUACGAACGAAGUCGUUAAUUGUGAUUAAAUUCCAAUAGAGAGAUAUUUUUAUUUACAAGGGUUCUAAUAAAAGUUUUCUCUCACGCAUUGAGAAAUAUCAUAAAUACAGAAACGCAGGAUAUAUUCCGGACGAAAUGGCAUACGACGACGUUAUUCUUCGUAUGGGCGAGUUUGGUCGCUAUCAGCGCAGGAUUUAUCUUCUACUCUGUCUUCCAGCAAUAUCGUGCGCCUUUCACAAGCUAGCUGGAGUAUUUCUCGGAGCCAAAAUGGAUUCGAGAUGUUUACUUCCACAUGAGAACGCGGAGAACGUCACGUUUCAUCUAAGCCAGGAUGUAUUGAACGCGAGCUAUCCAUGGGACUACGAACUCCGAGGAUGGUCCCAGUGCAUGAGGCGUGACAUUAUCGGCCUUGUGAAUAGCACGAUUAUUGGAACUGCUAUUGGUAACGGCACCGAAGAGGGAGGCAUCAGUAGUUGCAAGCAUUAUGUGUACGAUAGAAGCGUGUACAAAAGUACAACCACUUCCGAGUGGGACUUGGUCUGUGACAAGGCGUGGCUGAGAGCGACGGGGGACUCGUUGUUCAUGGUAGGAGUCAUGCUUGGCUCGAUGAUAUUCGGCGGUUUGUCCGAUAAAUAUGGUCGUAGACCAAUUUUCUUCCUGUCUUUAGUCAUACAGCUGGCUGGCGGUAUACUAGUCGCUGUCGCGCCCGAGUUUAUUUCCUACGUAAUCUUCAGGCUAAUUGUUGGCUCAACCACCAGUGGGGUGUUCUUAGUAGCUUAUGUCAUAGCUUUGGAGAUGGUCGGACCGAAAAAGCGGCUAGUAGCCAGUGUUGGUUGCCAAUUAUUUUUUACUACCGGAUACAUACUCACCGCUGGUUUCGCAUAUUUUAUUACCGACUGGAGAAUGCUGCAAGUAGCUAUCACGGUACCAAGUAUCGCGUUUCUACUUUAUUGGUGGUUUAUUCCCGAGUCCGCUCGAUGGCUUCUAACGAAAGGCCGACUCCAAGAAGCGAAGGAUUUGCUGCAACGUGCUUCUCUGGAAAAUGGUGUAGAGAUGCCGAGCGAGGUUUUAGAUACGCUUCUUAAUAAUAACAGUGAAGAUAGUAUGCCCGAUACGAAAAAGCCUUCGCUCUUCGAUUUAUUCCGUUAUCCGAACUUAAGGCGAAAGAGCAUUCUUCUGUUUUUUAAUUGGCUCGUUAACAGUGGUACGUACUACGGAUUAUCUUGGCACGCGUCCAAUCUUGGUGGUAACGACUACGUCAAUUUUGUGAUAUCUGGGAUUGUGGAAGUACCGGCAUACACAUUCUUAAUUUUUACUCUAAAUCGUUGGGGCAGAAAGAUCAUUAUUUGUGGAUGUAUGAUGUUGUCCGGCUUAGCAUUACUUGCCACGUUAUUUAUUCCUGCCAAUAUGCCGUGGUUAAUCGUUUGUUCAGCAAUGAUAGGAAAACUUGCUAUUACCUCCUCUUAUGGCGCAAUUUAUGUGUUUACUGCCGAACAAUUUCCGACUGUCAUUCGAAACGUCGGAUUGGGCGCGAGUUCCACCUUUGCCCGAAUUGGCGGAGUUAUCGCUCCAUAUGUUAAUCAUUUGUCUGAAGUAUGGAUGCCAUUACCAUUGGUUAUAUUCGGAUCUUGCGCCUUAUUUGGUGGAUUAAUGUCUCUUCUUCUUCCGGAGACUCUGAACAAAAAACUUCCUGAAUCGAUUCAAGACGGUGAACUUUUUGGAAAGAAACCAAAGAAGAAGAAGAAGAAACAACAGUUGAUGCUCGAACAGCUAAAUGAUGUAGAAAUAAUAAAACCGUUGAAAACACAAGAGAAGCAGAAUGGUGUACAUGAAAAACAAAAUGGAUGA